GGAUCCCGUUUUUAAAAGAUUGUUUUAAAGAUCGAUCCUGUUUCUUUUUGUCACGCUGGAUAAGACAGAAAUAAGAAUUCUCCUUCCUUGCCAAAUAAACUGAUGAUGGAGGAAAAACGCAGCAGGUUUUCAGCAGGACUGGAUUUACAUGGCCAGGAUGGAAAUGAAUACUCACACACACAUCACGCGCGUGGAGCGUUCUGGCUGCUUUUUGCCCUCUGAGCUUCAUCCCGGUGCGCAACUUCGCUCGAAACAAACCAGUAUUUAUUCCUUGGAUCGGUUGCUGAACGAACUGAAGGCAGACGCACAGUAUUGAGGCAUCCUUUCUCGUCGCUCUUUUGCUCCUCUUCUUCGCCCCUUUCUCUCUUUAAAAAAGGAAGAAAGAGAAGAAAAAUGAGGGACUUAUUUCACCGCAUCAUCGUCCGUCUUGCGCCUUUUUCCCCGCUUUGGAAUCACCGGAGGCGCCGUCAGGAUCUGUGAAAACGUCGCCUGCCUCACCCUUUGCUCACCCCCUCUCCCCUACCUUCCUCCGGCUCUCUUCCCCCCCCCUCCGUGGCCAGAUGAAGGCUCUCCCAUGGAGGUAGUACAACCACCUUGGGGGCCGAACGACCAGCGGGGUGAUUUUUCCAAGCAAAAGGAGCCCGUCAGCAAGAGACGCAUUGGAUGAAAUCGGACCCCCCCACCCCUUCCUCACCCCUCCUCUUCUCCUCUGUUUCUCCUUCUCCGCCGCACCCCCUCCCCCUCCAACCCCCCUCUCUAGUUUUUCUCGGCUGGUGUUGAUCCACAGCAUACAUGGGGGUGUAGGGACUGGAGAAACCUUGUUGCGCCCCGCAAAACUGUCUGCGUUCUACUUCUGCCGGGAGGACGGUUUGCGCACGUCUCCAUCCAUGUCUCAGCAACGCUGCCCCGCGUCUCCGGAGGGAGCCGCAUCCAUCACCACCGCAGCUUCUAGUUACUAAAUGGUUUUCUGGGGGAGGAUUUCUAAUCGGCGAGAUGCUGCUCGUACUCCUGCUGGCAGCCUUUUUUUCCUCCAUCUCCGGCUCCCUCUCCUCCUCCCUCUCCUCCAUGUCGGACGGACUCCCGAUGGCAGACCCAUCCGCCUCGGAUUUGAUGGCUGAGACCUGCAACGCUUGCUCCUGCAUGUCGGUGGAGAACGUGCUGUACGUCAACUGCGAGAAGAUCACCGUCUAUCGGCCAACGCAGCUCAUCCCUCCAGCCUCGUCUUUGUACCACAUGAACUUCCAGAACAAUUUUUUGAUCAUACUCUAUCCGAACUCGUUCCUGAACUUCACCCACGCUGUGUCGCUGCAGCUGGGGAACAAUAAACUGCAGAACAUUGAGGGUGGAGCAUUCAUGGGGAUGAGUGCGUUGAAACAGCUGCACCUUAACAAUAAUGAGUUAAAGGUGCUGCGAGCAGACACUUUCCAAGGCAUUGAAAACCUGGAAUACCUUCAAGCUGACUAUAACUUGAUAAAAUACAUUGAGAAAGGAGCUUUCAACAAACUGCACAAGCUAAAAGUGCUGAUCCUGAAUGAUAACCUCAUACAAGCACUUCCUGACAACAUAUUCCGCUUUGCCUCGCUCACACACUUGGAUAUAAGAGGGAACAGGAUCCAGAAGCUUCCUUAUUUGGGGGUGCUGGAGCACAUUGGGCGUAUUGUAGAGCUGCAGCUGGAUGACAACCCCUGGAAUUGUACCUGUGAUUUGGCACCGCUCAAGGCGUGGCUUGAAAACAUGCCUUACAGUAUUUUCAUUGGCGAGGCCAUAUGCGAAACCCCGAGUGACUUAUAUGGGAGGCUCCUGAAAGAAACCAACAAGCAGGAGCUUUGUCCUCUGGGAACAGGAAGUGAGUUUGAUGUCAGGAUGCCGCCACCUGAUAAUGGUCAGGUUCCUUCCAAACUGUUUCCAACCACCGUGGCUCCCGUUGCCACCAAAGCGGCGAAAGCCACAGACUCGUCUAAGAUUUACGGAAACGGUAUUGUGGCUGGUUUGCCACCUUUUGGAAGGAACAGCCAGAUUGUUUCCUUUCAGACACGGACCCCUCCGGUGUUGUGUCCACAGCCCUGCAGCUGUAAAGCCCACCCCUCAGACUUUGGCAUUAGUGUAAGCUGUCAGGAGAGGAAUAUUAAAAGUCUAGCUGAGCUUAUCCCCAAACCCCCAAAUGCUAAGAAACUGCACCUAAGUGGGAAUUACAUCAGUGACAUCAGCCUGACUGAUUUCCAAGGGUUCGAAGGCUUAGAUUUGCUUCAUCUUGGCAGCAAUCAAAUAGCCACAGUGCAGAAAGGUGUGUUUGCUAACCUCACUAAUCUACGGAGACUGUAUCUGAAUGGAAAUCAGCUGGAACAGUUACACCCAGAGAUGUUUUUGGGCCUCACAAAUCUGCAGUACUUGUAUUUGGAAUACAAUGCCAUCAAAGAAAUCUUGGCGGGUACGUUUGACUCCAUGCCGAACUUACAACUCCUGUACCUCAACAACAAUGUCCUGCGGAGCCUCCCUGCCUACGUCUUUGCCGGUGUCCCUUUAGCCAGACUCAACCUGAAAAACAACCACUUCAUGACUCUGCCGGUGAGCGGCGUGUUGGACCAGCUGCGGUCGCUGACCCAGAUAGACCUGGAGGGGAACCCGUGGGAGUGUUCCUGCGAUCUGGUCGCCCUUAAACUCUGGUUGCAGAAGUUAAGUGAUGGAGUGGCUGUCAAGGAGGUGAAAUGUGCCUCCCCUGUGCAGUUUGCCAACAUUGAGCUGCGCCUCUUAAAAAAUGAGAUACUCUGUCCUAAACUUGCAAGGCCUCUUUUUAUUGUGACCAGCGCCACCCCUGUUAUGACCUCAGCGUCACCUGCAGGGGUUGACAGGGCUCCUCCAGGAGGGCCCGUGCCUCUCUCCAUUAUGAUUCUCAGCAUCCUGGUGGUGCUUAUCCUUACUGUGUUUGUGGCCUUCUGCCUUCUAGUGUUUGUCCUGAGGCGGAAUAAGAAACCAGUGGGCAGGCAGGAGGGGCUGGGGAAUCAGGAGUGUGGCUCCAUGUCGCUGCAGCUCCGCCGCCACAGCCACAAAUCUGGUAAAAAAGGCUCCAUCCCUGGAGAUGACCUGGGAGGCGAAACCUUCAUCCCUCAGACAAUUGAGCACAUCGGCAAGAGCCACACCUGCGGAAUCGGACGCUCCUCGGACAUGGACGCUGGUUUUAAGUUCGCAGAUUCACAGAGACAGAAGAUCAUCCUCCGUAACAGUGCCGACAAGGAUAAAGACUCGCUUUCCACCCUGGAGCGCAACAAGCGCCUGAGCACCAUCGACGAGCUGGAGGAGUUCCUCCCCAACCGAGAGCCCAGCAUGUUCAUCCACAACUUCCUGGACACCAAAAGAGAUUUCAACAGCAUAGGGAUGGGUGGGUACGAAAUCCGCUACCCAGAGAAAACACUGGAUAAAAAGAUGAAGAAGUCCUCGCUGAUAGGUGGGAACCACAGUAAGAUCGUGGUGGAGCAAAGGAAAAGUGAGUAUUAUGAGUUAAAAGCCAAGCUCCAAGGAACACCUGAUUAUCUGCAGGUGCUCGAGGAGCAGACUGCCCUCAGUAAGAUGUAGGGGGGAUGUUGUGUUUGAUUUUCUGCAUUGAUUACACACACUCACACACACACACACACAUGCAGGCAGACAGACAAGCCAAACACACACCUAUCUCUCUCUCUCUUUCUUUGUCGUCCUCUGGCUACAUUCAAGCUGCCAGAUCUCGGCUCUCUCUUCAUCUCUUUGCAUUUCCACACACACACAGCAAAAAAAGUGCCUUCUGGAAAUCCUUAAUGACCAAUGCAGAGAUGGACAAAAUGGCUCCACACGACAAAGCUAUUGCUAGAAUCAGCGAGGAUUUCUUUCAGAUUAUAAGACGUUUUGGAUUAUUCAUGCCACUAGCCGUACGAGUCUGCAAACAGACCGCAGGACACCCAGACAGUCCUAGUGUUUUUUGCUGCUAUUGAAACAGGUACUUAUCUUCUUUUUUGUUCUCUUUUCUCUUUUCCUCCUUUUGUUUUUCCUACCAAAUCAAAGGGUCUUGAAAACAGUGCUUGAGCAAAUACCUCGCCGCCGUCAGCCCAUGUGUUUUUUGGUUUUGUAAAAGGAGCAUCGGUUGCCGUUCUUUUGCUCUGGAGAGCAUCCAAACUCACUACUUCUGGAACUUCUGGGAUAAGAUGAACAGAAUUAGUGACUCAGUGGAUGCUACUUUCAUUUUUCUUGUUUUUUCUUUAUUUUUAUGGGGUCAUCUGCAGACUCGGCCAUCUUGUCUGGAUUACCCACCAGUAGCAGUACACCUGCUCUUUGCCGGGAGGAUAAAUGGCUCCUGUUUUUCCAGGCCCCUGGGAAAACUCUCUUUUUUUCUUUUUAGUGGGGAAUGAUUUCACGACUUGUUUUCUUUGUGUAAAGAGCCAUGUUAAAUAUAGUGUCUUCUGAAUGGAGUUGUGUUUCUCUUCAACAUGUAAACGUAUGUUUUUGGGUGAAAUUUAACGGCACAUACUCUGUCAGAGGACCUUAUUUCUGAAAAAUGGAAUGAAAAAAAAACCCAACAAAAACCCAAGGAUUAAAAAAAAAGAAUAAAAAAAUGACAAAGCUGCUUGCCAUGUAAGCGUAACCCCAAAUUUAUUUUGUAAGUCUUACAUUAUUUGUAUCUGUGGGACUGGUUUGUAAAUUCCAAGGAAAGACGAACAUCUACACAGGAACACACUCGUACUGUGCAACGGAGCAUCAUCACCCAGAGACUAAGCCAGAGUUGUCUAAUCUAAUUCAAUCUGUGAUCCUCCUUCCUCCUAAGCUCUCAAUUGGUAGUUUAAAGAAGAAAAAAUGUAACUACAUAGUUCAUUUAUUUUUCUAUGCAGGAUUAUUUAAAGAGUUAUUGUUAUUAUUUAAAGCAGAUUAUACAGAGAGAGUGGGGAGGUCAUUCAGGCCUGGAGAAGUGUGGCGGGUGUUUCUCAGCCCACCAAACGACGGGAUUUUAAUGUGAUCUGUCAUGUUUGUUUUUAAUGAGCCGAGGCCUGUAGAGUCUGUGACGUUCCAAGCAGUUUCCGUAUUCUUAUAUCUCCCACGGUAUCUUGUAAAAGGUUUUUUCUAAACAUUAUGCAACCAAAAUAAAUGUGCAUUAAACAUGAUAUGUUUCUGGCAUGGUCGCGUUGGAAGGCUGCAAAUGGAAGUUCUAAAUUGUUAAAUCUGGACAGAAUCAACACCAUGUGCAAUAUUAGUAAAAUAAUACUCAGACAUGAAGGCUUCAGAUCUUUCUGUUUAAUUUAUCUAGUUUGAGGUUUUAUUGUGGAGACGGGUUCUACUGCGAAAUUCUUUUCUCAGCCUAUCUGGUCCUUAUUUAAAAAGUAUUGUUAAGUUAAACUUAUGAGUGUUUUCAACAUUACAAAUGAAUAGAAUGUAUCAUGGAAAGUAUAAUAAAUACAAUUUUCUAUUGGUUAUAAAUCUCCUGUAUAUUGGUUAAUUUUCUCUUGUAUAAUCAUGUUGAAAUCAAGGUAUUAAAAUCAGCACCUGUU